AUGGAGCAUUUCUGCGAUGUCUGUCAUCGACGCCGAUCCUGGAGGUAUCAUCUGCAACAUCCAAUCACAUCUGGGACAUCACCUACUUCUAGCAUCUGUACUAGGUGCUCGAAAAAUAGAUCACGAGAGCCGCCCUUUCACAAAUUGAAAGCAAGCAUUGAAUCACCCGCUUUACAUCCUUCAUCUCAUCCACCACAGUCAUCACUACCAUCCUCAUCAGUAAUCUACGAGAGGUUGAAAAAGCGUCGGAACUUGAAUAUUCCGAACCCUGGCCCACGGACGAUCUUUUUUCGAAAUAGGCUUAAGGUUAGAUGGCUAUACUAUGCUGAUACUGGCUUACUUGAUGCUAUGUCAUUUAUGGGACUUUGUGCUCUUAUUCAAGCAGCUCUUAUUCAAGCAGCUCUUAUUCAAGCAGCUCUUAUUCAAGCAGCUCUUAUUCAAGGAUGGACAAAAGGUAAGAGGUCAAAUACCCCAGGUAGGGCACGGGUGUCCAUAACUGCUCUUAUUUACGCAGUUCUUAUUUAA